AACCUUGAGAACCACAUCGCUCGAUCGAGAUGCUGCACGAGAAGCCCGUCAGGUAUGGUCUGCCCGGCGGUGAUGAAGAGAUGACAUGAAAAUGGAGUGGAAGAGUGAGAAGAGGCGCCGCAUGCACCUAACCCAAACAUCAUCUUCCGAUGCCCCUACUGCCACUGCGCAGGGUCAUCAAGCCCCGAUUUCUUAUGCGAUUUGCCUUUCCGAGCCCGGCGAGGCUGCCAAGGAUCACGAGGGCCAGAUUUCAGACAUGGCAAUCGUCCAAGCGCAAGAUCAUGCGCUGCUUCCGAGAAUGGACUCGGAAGAAGAAAAAACCCAGGAGCUUUUCGGGCCGCAUGUAAUUUUCAGUGAGGAAGACCGGGCCAGUUAUGCUCAAAAGUUGUUUCCCAAUAUUCGUCCUCCUAUCAGCGUGACGGAAACGAUGAGUUGGAUGGACAACUUCAAGUUACAAGUGCGCCAGGGACGCAUCCGUCUCGCUUAUUACAAGGCUAUGAACCAGGAAUCUGGAUGCAAGUUUAAGGAACCGAAAGCAUACUCUGAGGAGGAAAUUGUCGACCAUGGGCACUUUAAGCAUUUACAGGAGGAUGAAUGUUUUGAGUGGUUCUUCCAUACUGACGAUAGCUGGAUCCCUGAUUUGGAAGACUAUCAAAGGAUUGUCCUUAGAAAUUUUAUGCCUGGUAGAAUGGAAGCAGAGUACCUUGAUGUCAAUGGCUACCGUGAACUUUAUCAUACAUAUGAAAUGGAUGCUGUUUAUGUCGAGUACUAUGGAGAAAUAUCAAAUAAAAUAAAGUGGAUUGAAGAUUUUUUGCAUAUGGAUGCCAGGUCUGCAGAGUGGAGAGACAUAGAAACUAUAGGAUCGAGGCAAGCAUUGAGGAUUGCAACAGAGUUCCCCCAUAUGACUGUUCGUUUAGCUGCUUUUGCAUAUACUGAGUACAUUUUGGAGUUGCGCAAGGAUGCGUCACUCAAGGACCUAGAUCUUGUCUAUUUUGAGAUCUGGAGACUUGUCAUUAGGGAUAAGAAAAUUUACAUGGAUGCCGUGAAGGAAGUAUAUGGAAUGGACAAGUUCCAUAUACACAAACGGGUAAUGGAUGCUGAACUGAAUUCGGCUCCUGUCUUCUGGACAAUGAAACAAAGGAUUUAUUGGAUCACCCAGGAGCAAGGCAUUGAUUUUAAUACUGAAUAUAACAAAGCUCGGGAUUUGUUCCGGAAGGGAGUUGCUAGGACGAAAAUAAAGAACAUGGCGAACUAUGCUAAGAAAAAGAUGGAGAUUGGGGAAUGGUUGAAUUUGCAAGUGGAUUGAGGCUCCAGGACCUGGAAGGAAACACUAGAAUCAUCUCUUUUGCACCUGAAGUCGGUCUAACAAAAUUAGUACUACUUUUGUCUAUAGAAGGAUGUCAUAAGUUUAUCAAAAUUUCGAUGAAUCUACAUACUAUUUAGUGUAUAGGUGUAUCCGGAUUUAGACGGAGGGGGAACUAUAAUUAUUACUA